UACUGCUGACGCUUCUUUUCGUUUAAAGCGUAGCAUCUUUGAAAACAGGUCCCGGUACCCUCUCUAUUUUAAUAUAAAAUGCUCAUAUUUAAAUGUCGUGUUUAAAAUGGGCACUGGCUGAUAACAGCUGAAAUGAGGCAGACUGAGUGAUGGGGACCUCCUUGUUUUAUUCCUCAUAUCUGUGGAGAUCUCUCUGAUUCACCAUGAUCCCGGUGUCUCUGCUGGUCUGUGUGAUGGCAGGAUGGUGUGCUGUCUACCUGGCUGACACACUGCUGAAGUCAUCAGUGACGCAUCGGAUCAGCUACGAGUCAUGGUUGGCGAGCCGAGGCCUGAUGUUGUCUCCUUUCCAUGUGAGAUGGCAGACCACCAUGUUCAACCGAUUGUUUGCAUACUGCGCCCGUAUCAACCCCCAGGCCCUCUACCUGUGGUUUAACGGUGGUCUGGUGUUUGGCAUUAUUGCCAUGGCCGGGUCAGUGGUGCUGCUGAUAAAGACUCUGCAGCAGACGCUAGCUCAGAUGACCACAAAUAACCCUCGAAUAGGAGGUCAGCAGGCCCUGCAGGUGGUGGUCCCGGGUGUCAAUCUUCCCACCAGUCAGCUGGCCUACUUCUUCAUCGCCUUGCUGCUCAGUGGAGUCAUACAUGAGCUGGGCCACGCUGUGGCAGCACUGAGGGAGCAGGUGCGAGUGAACGGCUUCGGCAUGUUUGUGUUUGUGUUGUAUCCUGGUGCGUUUGUGGAUCUCUUCACCACUCACCUGAACCUCAUCUCUCCCACUCAACAGCUCCGCAUUUUCUGUGCUGGAGUGUGGCACAACUUUGUUCUCUGUGUUGUGGCGUUGGCCUUCCUCUUCCUGCUGCCAGUGUUUCUUUUUCCAGUGUACUACACCGGAGCCGGGGCGCUCGUCACCGAGGUUGUCCAGGGUUCUGCGGCCGACGGUCCUCGGGGUCUGUCGGUCGGGGACAUCGUGACGGGGCUGGAGGAUUGUCCGGUUAGAGGGGUGGAGGACUGGAGCAGCUGCCUGUCCCGCCUCUCUCACACCCCACAGACUGGAUACUGCGUCCCCGUCACCAGCCUGCAGCCCAGCUGGGCCCAUGGACGAGCCUUCAAGCGUUUGGACGGGACGAUGGACUGCUGCAGCAACAACAGCCUGACAGACCUCUGUUUCUCUUACAUGAAGCCACAGGGCAGGAGCAGCAGGGACAGAGAGUACGCCUGCAUGCCGGUCCGUAAGAUGGUAACAGGAACCCAAGUGUGCCGAACGAACGAGGACUGUGCCCAUCACUCCCACGCCGCUGUGAGCAUUUGUGUCACUCCCUCUUUGGAAAACCAGACUCGCUUCAUCCGUGUCACCCACCCGCCACAUACACAGAUGCUGUUUGUGGGGUAUUCGCCACACCUGCAAUAUGCUGUGAGUCUGACCAACUUCGUCCCCCGCUUUGGUUUCCUAAACCUGGAUCUGCCCGUCUUCCUGGAGACCUUCUGCAAAUAUGUGGUGUCCCUCUCCGGGGCUCUAGCUGUUGUAAACUCCGUGCCGUGUUUCGCUCUGGAUGGUCAGUGGAUGAUGAACGCCCUGCUGGAGGCCACGCUGGUUACUGUAGUAACAGACCGUCAAAAGCGCGAGCUGAUUGGUUUCUUCCUGCUGCUGGCGGGCAGCGCCCUACUGGCAGCCAAUGUGGCUCUGGGCCUGUGGAUGGUCACGGCGCGGUAACCUCAGCGGACAGCCGGGCUGGUAGGACAAAACUAAAUGAAUAAAAAACUCCACCAGGACUGAGAGCGGCUCUCUCAGGAAGUGUCUGACACGCGUGGACCAUCAGACUGUGAACACCCAGGGAACAGACUGCAUUAUCCAGCAGUAUCCCUCUGAGUUUAUGGAGACUGUUAGGCAGAAUACCACACUGCCUCUAAGGCUUUACCGGACCACCAGGGAAAACAAACAACCUUCUUCCACCGUGUUGCCGCCAUAUGCUCAAAGCACAUAUAUAAACUAAAUAAUGCACUCACUGUAAAGCACUGUCACACAUGACUGUUUACAAAAACUACACAAUCGUUCCAAAAAUUAUUCUCUGUGCUGUGUUUGUGCUUGAAAGAAAAACUUCCUGGGUGAAGAUGGGUUGGAUGCCAAAAUGCCAUAUAUCCAGAUGGGAGCGACACGGUCUUGUGUCUGUCUUGGCUUCGGACUCCAAGAAAAAAAAAUCAAUUAAGCCUUCAAUUUAUCAGUGAAUGCCUGAAAAUACCUUAAUCCUCAACUCCGUAUCACUGUUAAAAACACGUUGCUACCUAUUAUUCAAGUCUUAAAGAAAUGCCUCCUCAUUACCAAAUACACACUUUAUAUAAUAAAAUUAAAGGACUCCUACCCAUUUCAACAUUUAAAGAUGUCUACCCUUCAACUAUAUCCAGUCAAGUGUCUUUCUUCUACGGGGAUUGUAAUGAGAUUAAAGUUUUGAACAAAUCUUUUCUCAGAAUUGAAGUCACAGAUUUUAUUAUCUUCGCCUCUCACUGUUUGUGACCUGUAAUUGUGGAAUAAAAGACAAAUUUUUA